CCCCCCCUCCUCCUUCCCUUCCCCUCCCACAGUAUAUUACAGAAGCCGCUCCGCUCACUCGCUUCAUUCCUCUCUACAGGGCAGAGCAGAAAGGAGUCGCUCAGAGGUCUGUUUUGGAGCAGAGGAGCGCUGAUCACCACUAAAGCUCCUUUCCUGAUCCGCACAGCGGCUUAAUUAGUCAACAGACGCAGAGGACGAGGCUUCACCAUGGCCACUGAAAAGCUGGUCUACGUUAUAACAGGAGGAUGUGGGUUCCUUGGUCAGCACCUCCUGAACGUUCUGCUGGAGAAGGAGGAGAACAUCAAAGAGAUCAGGCUUUUUGAUAAGCUUGCAGAUCCCAGCCUGCAGAGCCUCAGCACAGAGCGGGUCAAGGUGGAGGUCAUUCAGGGAGAUAUAACAGAUUACCAGAACGUUCUGGAAGCCUGCAGGGGAGCUGACCUCAUCAUCCAUGCGGCCAGUCUGGUGGACGUCUGGCACAGAGUACCAGAGAAGACCAUCUACGCUGUUAAUGUGGGAGGUACAGAGAACGUUAUAAAUGCCUGUGUGGAGCUCGGCAUUCAGUACCUGGUCUACACCAGCAGUAUGGAGGUGGUGGGUCCCAACGUGAAGGGAGACACUUUUAUCAGGGGUGAUGAGGACACGCCAUAUAAGGUGUACCAUGACAUGCCUUACCCCAAAAGCAAAGCUGCAGCAGAGACCCUGGUGCUGGAGGCCAAUGGCAAAAAGGUAAAUGGAGAUGAAAGCCUGUACACAUGUGCCCUGAGACCCACAGGGAUCUACGGGGAGAACCACCAAUUGAUGAAGGAUUUCUACCAGAUGGGGGUCCGCACAGGGGGCUGGCUGAUUAGAGGAGUGCCCCGUGACACGGAGCACGGACGUGUCUAUGCGGGCAAUGUCGCCUGGAUGCAUGUGUUAGCGGCGCGUGCUAUCAGGGAGCAUCCCGAGAGGCUUGGAGGCGAGGUGUACUUCUGCUACGACGACUCGCCCUACAAGAGCUACGAAGACUUCAACAUGCAGUUCCUGUCGGCCUUCAACUUCCGCUCGCUGCGCGUGCCGCUGUGGCUGCUGUGGUUCCAGGCGUGCAUGAACGACAUGCUGCACUGGGUCCUGCGGCCCGUCUACAACUUCACGCCGCUGCUAAACCGCUACACGCUGGCCGUAGCCUGCACCUCCUUCACCGUGAGCUCAGACAAGGCCCUGCGCCACUUCCAGUACCGGCCCCUCUACGACUGGGAGCAGUGCCGCGUCCGCACGCAGAAAUGGGUGGACACUUUUCCUCUGGACACCAGCAGCAAAGAUGCGUAACGAUGAAGAGCAGGGCUUCAUCAGGGGUCGACCCAGUGACUGCUCAGGACAUUAUGAUUAGAUGGUUGGAUGAAAGGGAUUGUCUGGAAGUGAUGGAAAGGAAAUAUUGAAUGUUUGUUAAGUAAGGUCAUCAUUCCGAGCAUAGUUUUAGGCGUCUACCCGUUACAGAAUAGAGAAAAAACAACAAUGACUUAAAACUAGGCUGUUAAAUUUCAAUUUAAGUUAGGCAACCUUGCCUAAAUCCAUCUGUUAGUGGGUGGACACACAAGCUGGGUGGUCACCUUUCCCUUGGGCGCCAUCCACAGGGCGUUGUAAGGCUAAAAGUACAGGGCGUCACCGUCUGAGUGACAGCUAAAGACGUAAAUGAUGGUGGGAGUUGGGUUUCAGUGGUGGACCAAAAGUGACGGACUAGUGAAAAGAUACAGUUUGAUCUGUUUAUGUGAUGAUGUCAUUACUCCAAGCCAACAGUAUUUCAAAUAGGCAUGUAUCCAAUAUAGAAACAUUUCUUCAUCACUUAUAACUGUGGUGACCAUAGAUAUGAACUGAUACCUCUCAUUAUCCAUACUGUUGGUUUUGCCAUGACAGGAAGAGAAUUCUUCUGCUGUGCUUAAAUGUACAGCACAACGAUGACCCUGGUCUACUGACCAUGAGAGCAUAGCACAGUAUUAGUAAGCUGUUCCAUUUUAUGUUAGGGAAAUUAUGAACACCUCAGUAGUCUUUGAUAAUUUCCAUGAUACCAAAAGAAUCAUUUUGGGCU